AUGACUGCUGUGUGUGUAGGAGAGAGAGAUAGGAUUUUCUUCAUUCUGCUCUAUCCCCAUUCCCCCUAGUCAGACAAGCAGAGCAGAGCGGGACAGAGAGAGAGAGAGAAGAGUCGUGAGCGAACGAGUGCAGAACAGAACAACUCCACAAAGAGAAGAGAGAGGUGGAUAGUUCCCUUUGCAAGGAAAGAAAGAGAGAAGAAAAUCAAGCCUUUCAGAAUACAUUACCAACUGAGGACAGGACUUAUUUCUAGCCCUGUUUUAUGUUGUAACAGUGAGGUUUCUUUCUCAUUAUACGAGAGCCUACACACUGAUUGUAAAAAACUUGUACUGUGUAGUAGGAAUUGGGGUAUUUGCAGAGAGAAGGAGAAAGAAAGAGAAAAGGCUUUUUUGGAGCCAGGUUUUGAGAAGCAGGAGGCUGCAGUCGUGGAGAUCAUGCCCGGUAGAGGAGCUUGUUCUGGGGCAGGCGUGGGGAGGUUGCCUGGGUACUGGGUGUGUGUGCUGGUUCUCUGUGCCCUGGUGACAGGCUAUGUCAGAGCGUGCCCUGCCCUGUGUACCUGCAGUGGCACCACGGUGGACUGCCAUGGGCUGGGCAUCAAAACCAUGCCCCGGAAUAUACCCCGCAACACAGAGAGACUGGAGCUGAAUGGGAAUAACCUCACACGCAUCACCAAGAGUGACUUCUCUGGACUCAAGUACCUCCGUGUGCUACAGUUGAUGGAGAAUCAGAUUGGAGCGAUAGAGCGUGGAGCGUUUGAUGACAUGAAGGAGCUGGAGAGACUGCGCCUGAAUAGGAACCAACUGCAGCAGCUUCCGGAACUUCUGUUUCAGAAGAACCCUGCACUUUCACGUCUAGAUCUGAGUGAGAACAACAUCCAGUCCAUCCCCAGGAAGGCUUUCAGAGGAGCUACAGACAUCAAGAACCUUCAGUUGGAUAAGAACCACAUUGGCUGCAUCGAGGACGGAGCCUUCAGAGCACUGAGGGGCCUGGAAGUACUGACUCUGAACAACAACAACAUCAGCAGCAUCCCAGUCUCCAGCUUCAACCACAUGCCAAAACUACGUACCUUCCGUCUCCACUCCAACAAUCUGCACUGUGACUGUCACCUCUCCUGGUUGGCCCAGUGGUUAAGACAAAGGCCUACAAUUGGUCUGUUCACUCAGUGUACAGCUCCAGCCCCGCUUAGAGGACUCAACGUGGCCGAGAUACAGAAACAUGAGUUUACCUGCUCAGGUCACUCAGAGAGCUCCGGCUUGCAGCCCUGCAGCCUAGGAGGAGGUUCGUGCCCUGCCAUGUGUACCUGUAGUAACAAUAUUGUGGACUGCAGAGGAAAAGGCCUCACAGCUAUACCAGCCAACCUUCCUGACACCAUGGCUGAGAUUCGUCUGGAGCAGAAUGGGAUCAAGUCAGUUCCUCCUGGAACCUUCUCUCCAUACAAGAAGCUGCGCAGGAUAGAUCUCAGUAAUAACCAAAUAUCAGAAAUAGCUCCUGAUGCUUUCCAGGGUCUGAGAUCCCUCAACUCACUAGUCCUAUAUGGGAAUAAGAUCACGGAGCUUCCCAAAGGAGUGUUCGACGGACUAUAUGCCCUGCAACUACUGUUGUUGAAUGCCAAUAAGAUCCACUGUGUUCGGGCCAAUGCCUUCACAGACCUGCAGAAUCUCUCUCUACUGUCUCUGUAUGACAACAAGAUACAGACUGUGGCCAAGGGCACCUUCGCAUCCCUCAGAGCUAUACAGACGCUUCACCUGGCCCAGAACCCGUUUAUCUGUGACUGUAACCUGAAGUGGCUGGCAGACUACCUGCGCUCCAACCCAAUAGAGACCAGCGGUGCCCGCUGUGCCAGCCCCAGACGUUUGGCCAACAAACGCAUCGGGCAGCUCAAGAGCAAGAAGUUCCGCUGCUCUGGCACCGAGGACGUUCGUCUAAAUAAUGAGUGUAACAGUGAUCCAGUCUGUCCUCCUAAAUGUCGCUGUGAGUCCAACGUGGUGGACUGCUCCAACCUACGUCUCAAUAAGAUACCAGAACACAUCCCUUCCUCUACCACUGAACUUCGUCUGAACAACAAUGAUAUCAGUACACUGGAGGCUGUAGGAGUCUUCAAGACCCUCUCUCAGCUCAAAAAGAUUAACCUUAGCAAUAAUAAGAUCACAGAGAUCGAAGAUGGGGUGUUCGAGGGGGCGGGGUCAGUCAAUGAGCUCCACCUCACCGCCAAUCAGCUGGACUCUGUCCGCAGUGGAAUGUUCAAGGGACUGGAGGGACUACGCAUGCUAAUGUUGAGGAACAACAAGAUCAGCUGUAUCCAUAACAACAGCUUCACUGGCCUGUACAACGUUCGCCUGUUGUCUCUCUAUGACAACCAGCUAACUACCAUCACCCCUGGAGCCUUCGACACCCUGCAAACACUGUCUACACUUAACCUCCUUGCUAACUCCUUCAACUGUGACUGUCGUCUGGCCUGGCUUGGUGAUUGGCUGAGAAGCAGGAAGAUCGUCACGGGCAACCCUCGAUGCCAGCGCCCCGCCUUCCUCAAGGAGAUCCCACUACAGGACGUGGCAGUCCCUGACUUCCGCUGUGAAGAGGGUGUGGAGGAGACGAGCUGUGUGCCCAGGCCUCAGUGUCCCAGUGAGUGUACUUGUCUGGAGACCGUAGUACGCUGCAGUAACAAACACCUCCGUGCGCUGCCCAAAGGCAUCCCCAGAAACGUCACCGAGCUGUAUCUAGAUGGGAACCAGUUCAGCGUGGUGCCAAAGGAACUGUCUACCUUCAAAUACCUCCAGUUAGUAGACCUGAGUAACAACAAGAUCAACUCUCUAACCAACUCUUCAUUCUCCAACAUGAGUCAGCUCACCACACUGAUCCUGAGUUACAACUCUCUGCGCUGCAUCCCCAGUCUGGCCUUUGGUGGACUACGCUCUCUUCGACUACUGUCUCUCCAUGGCAACGAGAUCUCCGAGCUUCCUGACGGCAUCUUCAGUGACGUGGCCUCUCUGUCUCACCUGGCAAUUGGUGCCAACCCUCUGUACUGUGACUGCCGUUUACGCUGGCUGUCUGAUUGGGUGAAGACGGGAUACAAGGAGCCUGGCAUCGCCCGCUGUGCCGGACCGACGGGCAUGGAGGGCAAGCUGCUGCUCACCACCCCUGCCAAGAAGUUUGAGUGCCACGGUGAGGUGGACAGUGGCGUCCUGGCCAAGUGUAACCCGUGCCUGUCCAGUCCGUGUGUCAACCAGGGGAUCUGUCACAGUGAUCUGGUGGAGAUUUACAGGUGCAGCUGUCCUCCUGGAUUCAAGGGUAGGAACUGUGAGACUGCUCUGAACGUCUGUGUCAGUAACCCCUGUGCCAAUGGGGGCACCUGCCAACUAAACGAGGAGGAGGAGGGGGCAUACAGCUGUGCCUGUCCCCUUGGUUUUGAAGGUCCUACCUGCCAGACCAACAUGGAUGACUGUGAAGAUAACGACUGUGAAAACGGAGCUAACUGUGUAGAUGGUGUCAACAACUAUACCUGCCUCUGUCCUCCUUACUACACCGGGGAGAUGUGUGAGGAGAUGGAGGAUGUGUGUGCUCCAGGUGUCAGUCCGUGUCAACACCAGUCUACCUGUCUCAUCAGCUCUACUGGACCUCAGUGUGUGUGUUCUCCGGGCUACGUCGGUGAUGACUGCAGUGUGGACUAUGAUGACUGUGAGGAGAAUCGCUGUCAGAACGGAGCUCAGUGUGUCGACCAACUCAAUGGAUACUCCUGCUCCUGCCCCGACGGCUACAGUGGUCAGUUGUGUGAGGUGCCCACCUCACCGCGGUCUCUAUGUGACCUGGCAGACUGCCAGAACGAUGCCCCGUGUGUGGAACGGGCAGGCCGGGCACUGUGCCAGUGUCUCCCUGGGUUUGGAGGGCCUCGCUGUGAGAAGCUGGUCAGUGUGAACUUCGUAGACAGAGACUCCUACCUGCUGCUCUCUGACCUCAAGAACUGGCCCCAGGCUAACAUCACACUGCAGGUGUCGACAGCGGAGGACAACGGUAUCCUGCUGUAUAAUGGGGACAACGACCACAUCGCCGUAGAGCUGUUCCAGGGUCACGUUAAGGUCAGCUACGACCCUGGCAGCCUGCCUGGACAUGCUAUCUACAGUACUGAGACGAUCAACGACGGUCAGUUCCACACGGUGGAGCUGGUGACCAUUGACCAGAUGGUGAACCUGUCCAUCGACGGGGGUCUCCCCACCACCAUGGAUAGCCUGAGGGGGGUCCGGCCCCUCAACGGGGAGGCUCCGCUAUACGUGGGGGGUAGGGGCCCUCUCCAGAACACACCUACUUCCUCCUCCUCUGCUGCAGGUAUGCCCGUGGACGUCCACUCGGCGGCAUUCCGGCUCUGGCAGAUCCAGAAUGGCUCCAGUUUCCACGGCUGCAUCCAGAACCUGUAUAUCAACAAUGAGCUGCAGGACUUCACUAAGACCCAGAUGAAGCCGGGCGUGGUGCCGGGCUGUGAACCUUGUAGGAAGAUCUACUGCCUGCAUGGUAUCUGCCAGCCGGACGGGGCACAGGGACCAGUCUGCCACUGCCAGCCGGGCUGGAACGGACCCCACUGUGACCAGCCGGCCACCAACCCAUGCCAGGGCAGCAAGUGUGUGCAUGGCAAGUGUAUUCCCCUGGACCUGCAGUCGUACCGCUGUGAGUGUGUGGAGGGUUACCGUGGUGCCCUGUGUAACCAGCAGGGGGAGCUGUUUAACCCCUGCCGCAGCCAUAACUGUAAACACGGGCGCUGCCAGAUCUCUGAUACAGGAGAGGCCUACUGCCACUGUGAGGCCGGAUACACCGGAGAGCUCUGUGAUGCAGACCAAGAGGUAAUCCAGCCUAAACCAACUACAGAGUCAGAGUGUCGAGGGGAGCCUGUGAGGGACUUCUACCAGGUGCAGCGUGGGUACACCAUCUGUCAGACCACACGCAUGGUCUCCUGGGUAGAGUGCUCCGGCGCCUGCGACACAGGUGCCUGCUGUGCCAGCCAGCGAAUGAAACGCCGGAAAUACACCUUUGAGUGCAGCGAUGGAACCUCGUUCAGCGAGGAAGUGGAGAAGACCAUCAAGUGUGGCUGCGUGGGCUGCAUGUAGCACGCUUCACACAAACCUGCUACCGCCACCACCGAGCGCACCAGAGGGAGAGCGAGAAAGCGAGAGCGAGAGAGAGAGAGAGAGAGAGAGAGAGAGAGAGAGAGAGAGAGAGAGAGAGAGAGAGAGAGAGAGAGAGAGAGAGAGAGAGAGAGAGAGAGAGAGAGAGAGAGAGAGAGAGAGAGAGAGAGAGAGAGAGAGAGAGAGAGAGAGAGAGAGAGAGAGAACCGGAGAGGAGGAAGAAGUAAGAGAACAAGAGAGUAUAAAGAAAUAUAUAUAAAAACCUCUAUCUAUAUAUUAUGGACAACAAUGUUUGUAAAAUAGGACAUUUCCUCCCCUUCCAUGGCUGUGCGACAUACAGAAACACAGAGAAAACAAACAUCAACAACAACAUGGAGAAGUGUGAACAACAACAACCAAACCAUUGUAUCUGCAACAUUGUUUUGAAAGGUUCUAGAGAUGCAAAGGUGUUGCAUUCAGAGCCAGACAUCAACCCCUCAUACACACCUGGUCUAAACCGUUGGCCCUUUGGCUCAUCCAUCCAUUAGGCCUCAGAUAGCGUAAGCACCCUCUGCUUUCUUUGCUUCCUGAAGGCAGUAUGUGUAAUAUGACGUCCGGCCUGGUCAGGGUGGCAGGAGGGAAGAGGUACAGAGAUAUAAAAAAAAACGACAGAGGGAGGAUAGUAGAGUUGGGUUGUAGUUAAGUUUGGUUAGGCAGGGCAGGACAGGACUGGGCUGAGAAGGAGUUGGGCUGGAACUGGACUGUAGCUGGUGUGGGCUGGUAUAAGCUUGCCUGGACUGUAACUGAGUUGAGCCGGGUUAGGUCGGGUUUAGAUGGGCCAGAUUGUAGUUGAGCUGUGCUGAGCAGAGCUGGGGCUAGGUCGUGCUAUAUCUGGGCUAGGCCGAUUUCUUAUUGGACUAUCCUGGAGUUUUCAGAACAAGAGAUGUCCAUUCUUUUCAUUACUGAAAAGACCACUGCACUGAAUACCAGCACUGAGAAUCACAGUCAUUUGCCCUUCACAGCACAUACACACAACAUGCACGCAUGCACCACACUAGAGGUCAUUCUUGUCUGAGCAGAAGGGUCGUUCCAUUAGAAGCAGUCAGAAGGGGCUGUCUGAUACACAUUGUGAGGCAGGUAGACCUUCCAUUCCCCUACAGUAGGCUAUAAGCUAUACCCCCACCUGGAGCAGGCAGUACCCGGUGGAGACCAAUCCCCCAGCAUGCAUUGCCUCAGGAUGAUUUGCAUAAGCCCUCCCCCUUUGAGCAGGAGGAUGAUUAGGCCCCUCCCCUCAAUGCCUGCAGUAUUAAAUGUGUGCAAACUGUUGCAUGUGAGAAGUUUGCAAAUUGAUAUGUAGAGCUUUUUAUUAUGUUUAUUAUUAUGGAACAAAAGGUUCAGAAUAUUUGUUUUGUUACGUCUAAUUUCAAUUAUUUGUUUUGCAUUGUUUUGUUUUUAUUUGUUAUUAUAUUUUGUUUUCUGAUGUAACCUAACACCUUUAGCCCUCUCUUUAUACAGAAAUGCCUAACAGAUUCUAAUAUAUAUAUUUGUAUUUCAUUUUGGUAUAGUAUUUUUAUAUGUUAAAGAGUAAAUCUUUGUUUUCUGGAAGCUUCUAUUGGAACAGGCAGGAUGGCAUUUGAUUGGUUCCCUAGCUGUUUUUAUUUGUUUAUUUCACUUGCUCAAACAAGGUAGUUUGUAAUUGUCCAAAACAAGGUAGUGAAUGGUUGGCCUUGUUGUGUAGGCAGCAGUAUUGAUGUAGAAACAUGUUUAAUAUUGUAUAUGUUGUCUUCCAUGUGAAUAUGACAUCUAAUUCAUUUGAAAGUCUGUGUGCUGUUUGUUUUAUUUUGUAUUUAUUUUAUCUUAAAGCUUUUUCCUGUAGAGUAUAAAAGGCAUAAUAAUUGUUGCUGAUUUUCAAAAAAUAAAAAUAAAUAAAAAAGUUAAAAUAAAAACUAGUGUAACAAAAAAAAGCUGUAAGGUAUUUGUGACAUCACUUAAUAGCCAGUUAUGACAGUAUUUCCUACCCUCUGGCUCAGACACAUUCCUCAUUGGCUGUUGGGCCCGAGUGGGUGGAGUUAAAAUGCAAAUGAGUGGGCUGCCCCUCCCACUCUGAAAUACAUUUUUCCUGUAUUUACUAUACCAUACUCUGAAAUAUUGUGAAAGGGUUCUGAUCGUCUUGUGUUGAUUUUGUUUAAGUAUUAGGCUGAAUUUCUGUCAUUUUAAAUUGGGGACAUUUUCCGUGGUAGAAGUAAUUAUAAGAUUUAAGUGAAAGUCUGCUGUAGGAAGCUUACUUAUUGUGGAUGUUCACAAAGAUGGUGUCUACAUUUUGCCUGCAUUAAAUUGGUGCUGCCAUCUUAUCAUUGUACUGUGGUGGGAGGUGAAAAGAUGGUGAGGCCAUGGGCUGAAUGACAGCAAACUGUAGACCUGCCAUCUUUCUGUACAUUUACCAUUGGAUCCACUUACCGCAAUCCUAUUUUAACAUGCACAGAUAAUGCCUGGAUUCAAUCUGUAUCGCUGAACUUCAGCGUUAUAAGAUGAUUGAAAUUUAAAGGCAAUGUUCCCGCGUUAGCAGACUGCAUUCACGGUAAAUGAAUGUAGCCCUAGAUGUCCCCAUUCUGACUGGCUAUAGAACACGAAUCAGAGAUGAAAAGGUGCCAAUCGCAGAGUAGAACAGUCCAACCUGAAUGUAUAAAUGUGUAUAAAUAUGAAUUGAGCUCACUCCUGAAGCGGUAUGGUUCAGCUGUUAUCCUGUUUAGUUUCCAGUAUAAAGAGACCACAUCCUCUUUGUUUUCUAAGUGGGAGACCUACAGGACGUGUUUCCUGCGGAGUAGGAUGAAGUUGCCCCUAGACACAGUUCUGUGGUCAGUUUGGUGGUUUUCCCCACUAAUGAUUAAGGUAAAGCUUUGGGGAUGGAAAGCUGAUCCUAGAUCUAUGCUUAAGAACAACUUCUACCCAGAGCGUCCUGUUGCAGUGGACUCCUUGUUUGCCCCAAUGUUAACCAUGUCUUAUAUAUCCCUGAGGUUAUCCUAUGGUGUCCACAUUGUAUGAUAUUGAUGAACUGUCAUCCUUUAGCUUAACGUUUAGCUCGAUGCCUCGCAGAUUUCAACAUGAGUUUAUCACAGCUCUCACAAAAAGGACUUUCAUACUUGCAAACAUGGAUAUUGAUCAUCGCAAUUCAGCCGGAUUCCAUUCAUUCUAGGGUGAAACCUGUAAAGACUCAUCCACCAUCCGCGAGAGAACUGUACUCCGUAUCAUGUCAUUGUGAAAAACGCAGCGUCUCUGUUGUAUUGAACUGGUUAAAAAAAGGAGAAAAAAUAAGAAGAAAAAGUAUAAUAAUUCUCUGGUCUGUUUCCUACAGAUGUGCUACUUCUGUUGCUUUGGUUGUGUUCCGUCGCAGGUGUGAUGGUGGGAUUGAACUGAAGUCCCAGUGAUGCUGAAUGUAUGUACUAUCUAUCGAUCUAUCUUUAUCUAUCGCCACCGACAAAAUGUUUACUGAACCCCCUCCACUUUUCAUUCAUUAAACUUUAAUGUGUGUGCUUUUAA